GGUUAUGUCAGUGCUGCUAUCUGGAGCAAUGACAUUGUACCAAACAGAGAAGCCAGACCGCCAAGUGGCUUACAGUUUGUUAUUUCACAAGCUUUGAAACAUUAAAUAGGCCCGGAUAUUGUCGUCAACAUGUCGUCUACCACCGCAGGUUAUACAGAGGAGGGUACGCAAAAGGUAGCACAGAAGCCUAUGGGCACUUCGUACAUCCCCACAAAAGAGGAGAAGAGGGUGUUUAAAGAGUGCGCCCAGGAAAGCUUUUGGUACAGGUCUCUGCCCUUCUCGGUGCUCAGCAUGGGUGUCACUCGAGCCCUACUUGCCAGAGGUGCUCUGACUCCGCAUCCAAAGUUUGGAAGUAUACCCAAAGUCUUCUUCGCUGGUUUUUGUGGCUACUUUGCUGGGAAAAUGUCGUACAUGGGACCAUGCAAAGAGAAGUUCAAGAGCCUGGAGAACUCUCCUCUGGGAGAGGCCAUCAGAAAAGGACUGCCUCUACAAGUAUCCAAAGGCCCUCAGUCAGAGAUGAGUGACCCAGACACCCAGUCAUUUGACACCAUGUUCCAGGCUGCAGAAGCCCCCAGCCACGCGCCUGUUACCCAAAGUUAUGACUACAAUUCAGAGUCACCUGUGCCAAUGGGCAAAGAAGAUGACUUCAGCGCUCCAGGGAGCUACAUUGAAGACGAAGAGCCCAGGAAGAAGUCCAUCCUCUAUGAGGAUCUGAGGGGCAAGAACAGAGAGAACUACGAAGUCACGCUCACUCAGAAGUCAGAGACUCUGCUUAAACCAUCACCUGAUAGGGAGCCAGGGAGACCCAGGAAAGACGUGAAGAACAACAUCUAUGGAGAUUCUUGGGAGGAAUGAGUCCUUAUGUGAAAUUAAGAUGUAAUCUGUACACUGGCAUCACAUAUACUGCAGUAUAGAUGGCAGCCCAGUGGUAAUUUUGUUCCAGUCUGACAUGUGUCCUGAAGUUGUAGAGUUUGAUAUAUAUCUUUGCAAAACAGUCAAAUAAAACAAAAUACAAGAAGAAAAAAAA